CCAGUCAACUUUACCUCAUUCAAACAGCAGUAAUGAGCUGUCUGCCGCUGCCAGUCUUCCUCUGAUCAUCCGGGAGAGGGACACAGAGUACCAGCUCAAUAGAAUUGUUCUGUUUGACAGGCUGUUGAAGGCCUACCCAUAUAAGAAAAACCAGAUCUGGAAAGAAGCCAGGGUUGAUAUCCCUCCUCUUCUAAGAGGCGUAACCUGGGCUGCCCUGUUGGGUGUUGAGGGUGCCAUACAAGCAAAAUAUGAUGCCAUCGAUAAAGACACGCCGAUUCCUACAGACAGACAAAUCGAAGUUGAUAUUCCUCGUUGCCACCAGUACGAUGAAUUGCUGUCGUCGCCAGAGGGUCACGCGAAGUUCAGGCGUGUAUUGAAGGCCUGGGUGGUUUCCCAUCCGCACCUGGUGUACUGGCAAGGUCUUGACUCUCUUUGUGCACCAUUUCUGUACUUGAAUUUUAACAAUGAAGCUCUGGCAUACGCCUGCAUGUCUGCUUUCAUCCCCAAGUAUUUGUAUAACUUCUUUCUGAAGGAUAAUUCUCAUGUUAUUCAAGAAUACCUGACGGUGUUUUCCCAGAUGAUUGCAUUCCAUGAUCCAGAGCUGAGUAACCACCUUAAUGAAAUUGGUUUUAUUCCAGAU